AUGAAUAUGAUGUGUCGCAACUUGAAGAGACGUAAUGUUGAAGGGGGCAAACUCGAUAGACUUACCAAUCUUCCCAUUAAUAUCAAGUACCGGAUUCAGGAGCAAUUGUCUGUGGAGGAAGCUGCAAGAAUGAGCGUUUUGUCUACACAGUGGAGAUAUGUUUGGGCGUCAAAACCAAAACUUGUAUUUUCUCCUCAGUUUUGCGCGAGAAAGCCAUUAACAGACGUCAUUGAGGCAAUUCUGUCGCAUCACUAUGGAGACAUUAAGUCAUUCUGCGUGGACAUUUCAUCAAUACCUUGUUCUCAACACUCAGUUAUCGAUCGAUGGAUCUCUUUUUUGUCAAGAAACGGUAUUACUGAUCUCACCCUUCAGAAUCAAUCCAAUGCUCUCUACAAAUUACCUUCCUGUAUGUACGAUAUAGAACUAGAAAGUUUGAGACUGUCCAACUGCAUUUUCAAGCUGCCGUGUGGCUUUAGGGGCUUCCACAAGCUCAAAAACCUCACUCUACAUCAAGUUGUCUUGGAAUUAAACGACGUUACUCCUUGCUUGUGGAUGCCAUACCUUGUGACUCUCCAUGUGAGGGAAUGUAGUGGUUUCCCUAACUCGAAAGUCUAUGCUCCAAGACUUUCCGAAUUGUUUUUCUUUACCAGGAGAACCGAGGACUUGGAGUUGGGUCAUUUCAUGGACUGUCAGAAGCUGAAAACAGUUGUACUUGUAUCGUCAAAACAGAAUCAACACGAAGUGAUGAACUUGACCUAUCUUCUGAAAUGCUGGCCUGAAAUUUGUAGUUUUGGUUUGGACAGUUGUUACUUCCUCAAGUCGUUUGCUACAGAAGCAGAAAGACUCCCGACAUACCUCAACAGCUUGAAGUCUAUCACUUUAUCUGAGUUCGAUUUUGAUGAUGACGAUCACAUAUUUUCUCUUCUACGAAUUCUUACAGUUUCUCCCCAUUUGGUUGACCUUCAUUUAGCGUUGAACUCGAAGAAGAAGAAGACAGAUGACAUGAAAGUGAUCAACGUCGUAAAUCAUUUUGAAGGACCAGCCUACAGGACACUAGGAGUACUUCAUAAGCUUCAGAGAUUGAUGAUAAACCAUUUCCAUGGUUCAAAAAUCGAAAUGUUCUUUGUAAAGUUCAUCUUCGCGUCUGCACCUGUGCUCCUGAACACCAUCAUUCAUGAAGAUGUAGGAAGUGUUGAUGAAAGCCAAUCCUUGAAGAUCUCACAGGAGUUGAUGAGUUUCCCUCGAGCAUCUCCGAAAUUGAAAAUACAUGUCAACCGUCGAUCAAACAGAAGCAUCACGGCUCCGAAUUGUUCGAGUCAUGUUGGAGGGUAA